CCGCCGCGGUCAUGGCGGGGCUGUGGCUGCUCCCCGGCCCGGGCGUGCGGCUUCCGGGGGCCCGACUGUGGCGGCUGCUGCCUCGCGGGCUCGGGGUCUGGGCCCCGGCCCACGGCAGCGCCGGCACCGACGGCGGCGUCUGGCGGAGGCAAGUCUGCGCGUGGCGGGCCUCGGAGCUCGCUGGCCGCGGCCGGGGAGGGCGGCGCGUGAGCACGGCGAUGCCGCCCCCGCCGGGGUCGUCCGGCUCGGAGCCCAAGGGCCGCAGAGACCCCACGCGCCCCUCCAAGCCCGGGCCUGUUUCCUGGAAGUCUUUGGCAUUCACGUUUGCAAUUGGUGGAGCUUUACUGGCUGGAAUGAAGUACUUCAAGAAAGAAAAGACACGGAAGCUGGAGAAGGAGCGGCAGCGAAGCCUGGGAAAGCCUUUGCUCGGGGGCCCAUUUUCCCUCACCACGCACACUGGAGAGCCCAAAACGGACAGAGACUAUGUGGGUCAGUGGGUGUUGAUUUAUUUCGGUUUCACUCAUUGUCCUGAUGUCUGUCCAGAAGAACUAGAAAAAAUGAUUCAAGUCGUGGAUGAAAUAGAUAGUAUUCCAACUCUGCCAAAUUUAACUCCGCUUUUCAUCACUAUUGACCCAGAAAGGGACACAAAGGAAGCCAUCGCAAAUUAUGUGAAAGAAUUUUCUCCUAAACUGAUUGGGCUGACAGGCACCAAAGAGGAGAUUGAUCAAGUGGCCCGAGCAUACAGGGUAUACUACAGCCCUGGCCCCAAGGACGAGGAUGAGGACUACAUAGUGGAUCACACAAUAAUAAUGUACUUGAUUGGACCAGAUGGCCAGUUCCUAGAUUAUUUUGGCCAGAACAAGAAGAAUGCCGAAAUCGCUGGUUGCAUUGCCGCGCACAUGAGAGAGCACAGAAGGAAGAGCUAGCCAGCGUGGAGGCGGCAGCGGCAGGAUUCUCUUGCGGAAGAGGAAAAAGGCUUUACCUCUCAUAGGAGCCAAAAUAUAUAGAGACACACACAUGUAUAUGCAACCUACAGAAUGGCCUUCAUACCACAAGAGCAUCUUUAUUUUGGGCAGGGCAGGUUACCCUUGGGUUCAGCCAAGAGAGUUCUUGGAACUGUAAAGAUUCCAAUGACAUAGUCACCUGGGACCAGAGGACCAAGUUAACGUGAAGCCAGCAGAAUGGACCUCAGGAAAGCAGGGGGCCGGCAGGUGCGUUUCCCCACGUCAGCAGGGCCCUCGGGUCAGCGUUGCUGGUGUCCUGGACCCUCGUUGUCCAGCUUGUGGGGCUGAUUUUCCAGGAAGAGUGUAAUUUCCAUAGUGCCUUUGCUUCCCUGCUUCGAGUUCUUGGGGGCUGCUAACAGUCAAAUCAGGCUCUUGGACAUUCAGUUAAUCUUUAGACUUGAAAACGCAUGUGUAUAAGGUCUUCAGUGUUUACAGAUGUCACGGUCAGGUUUUCAUUGUGUUCAUCAGCACCUGCUGAGUUUACUAAUGAAGAGGAAAUUUGGGGAAAAACCAAUAGAUCAGCUUCUGUAGGGAUCUUUUAUAUGAUUUUUCUUUAAAUGUGCCGGGUUUUCAGUGACCUACCAAAUGGAUGGAAGGGAAUGUGGAUCAUGACUGUGACACAGGGCACUUCUCUGCCUAAACCGGGUGGCAGUGGGUGUGAAAUAAAGGCGUGUUCAGUUUUGCAAGCAUGACCUUUACCGUAGCUGAAUCGUGGGUGCACAUGGCAGCACACAGCCCUCGAAGAGAGCCCCACGGCCUCAGGGGGCCCCUUGGGUGCUUAUGAAAGCCCACGUUCCGGGCCAGAGCCAGAUUCGUGGAGUCCGGGGUGGGAUGCAGGCCCCUGCACUCGUAAGCAACCUGUAGGUGCCUCAGAGCAGGCCUAGGAAGCUUUGUGGGGAAGCAAGUUCUCGAUCUGGGCAAGAGAAACCGUGGCCCACCUUGUGGUGUGACCUUCACAGUGCUGUGCACACAGCCUUUCAGGAAAGUGACUGUCGAGUGUUGGGAUGAAUCCUUUGUGAGUAACCUUCCCUGGGUGUCUGUGUUUGACGGUCACCUUUUUCCACCCAAAGCUGCCACCCAGGGCGAAGUUCUUUGGAAGUUUUCAGUAAAUCCUAAUGCAACAGGUCUCAUCUCUAGUCAGACAACAGGCUCUUGCCAACACUUGGGUUUGACAGGCACAGGAUACAGGCUUAUCUUGGCUUUUAAACUCUCAGUACUCCCAGUAAACCUACCAAAAAUACAUCAGUGUAUGUGAAAAGAAAAACCAUCAAUUCUGCAGUGGCCAUGGGCUGGUCUGUGUCCCCCCAGGAGUUGUACAGUGAAAUGCUGAGCCCCAGUGCCUCAGAGUGUGAACUAUAUUGGGGGAGAGAGUGUUUUCAGAGGCAAGGGAGUUAAAAUGAGGCCCUCGCCCAGUCUUGCUGGUGUCCCUGAGGAUGAGGACACAGACCACCUCCACCAGAACCCACCCCCACUGACACCUCGCCCUGGGACUUCAAGGCUCCAGCGCUGUAGGAGGAGGGGCAUAUGUUAAGCCCCCAGUGUGCGGGGUUUUGUUCCAGAACCCUGGAGAAACACCACAGUGGCUCUUCUCUCUCCUCAGGCAGGCUCCCUGAGAAACAACCACAUCACCUUUGCUAGGGAUCGUGUCAAGGCGAGGGAUUCACCAAAGGACACAAAAGAUACUAAGUGGAGGUGCCUGGGGGCCCUGUUGGUUGAACAUCCAAUCCUUGAUCUCCGCUCAGGUGUCCGUCUCAGCGGUGUGAGUUCAAGCCCCGUGCUGGGCUCCAUUCUGGGUAUGGAGUCUACUUUAAAAAGACCAAAAAGAAAAAAGAAAAAAAAAUGUCUAAAAUGCCAGACAUGAGAAAAGAGGGUCUGUUUUAAGCCACAGGACGUUUGUGUGGAUCCCUUUGCUACAGGCUUGCUCCCAGAAAAACGCAGUCCUCAUUCUCAGCUGUUCCAAGUUAGAGCUUGUGUCAUGAUCCAGAAAGGGAACAGCAGCUUUUGAAGAAACGUACUUGCUCCUCAUUCCAGUGUCAAGUUGAAAGGCUUGGAUUAGCAGCAGGGAAAGGGGCCUCAGCGAUGACGUCCUGGUCUCUUUAUUCAUGAGGGGACAGUCCCAGCCUUUCUGAACCUAGUUGAGAACUUGGGUCCCCGUGUCCAGUCACGCUCCUGCUUGUGCCCCUGCCCUGGGGGGCUCACAGUGACCAUGGGGAUCCAACCAUCCUGGGGUGCUGUGUGCUGGGUGGGCAGCCUCUCAGUCCUGGAUUUGGGGAGAUGAAAAUCAAGGCUGCCUUUUGACAAAGUAUCACUUGCAGAUCCUUGCCUGGGUGAGUUAGGAGUGCUCGCGCUCGAGGCUUCCAUAGAAUCAAUACUUUUACAGAUGCUGUUGUUCAUUUGAAAAUUUUAAGUGUCCUGCCGGUGCAGGAGGCACGGAAGGACUUAAUGCAUUGGGGGGUCCCCAAGGCAGCCGAUCACCUGAGGUCUAGGCACUGAGACUCACUGAGCCACCCACUUGGUCUAUCCACAGUAAAACACCAUGAAUUGGGAGGCCAUUGUGAACCCAGUAGAGUGAUUUGAGGCUGCAAAUGCAUCUGCCCUGAGAUACUUUAAAAUAUUUUAAAGAGUAAAAAAUGAAAAUUUUCAAAUCAUCCAUGAUUCCUCAAAUGACAUCUUUUUCAUCCAGUACAAUUUAAACUUGUGUUUGUGUGCAAGCUCCCUUUAAGAGAGCAGUCACCCAUGCAAGCAUUCUUCAUCCAAGUCAUGAGUUACGGUUACCCUGGAACAAUAUGGGUAUUUACUCCUCCUUGCUCGUAUUUACUCCUGAGGUCCCCUCAACCCCUUUAGCCAACCAUCCUCAACCCUGCUAGAACCUAGGAGGUCGUAAUUUGCUAUUCAUUUUUAAAAUGUACUUUAAAAAGUUGAUUGAUUCUCCCACAAUUUUACUAUAGCCUCAAAAUUUGGGACAGAAAAGUUGAAGGAUAUAAUUUUAAAAUCACCCUUACUCCAAUACCAGGAAACGGUAUUGAGAUGCAUUUCCCUUGCAUCCUCAACAUUUUAAAAUCUUUCAUUACACCAGAAAUUCACAAGCGUAUCCCUUUAUAAAGUGAGGCAAGACACGCCAAGCUGGAGCUCCCUGCCCACCCCCCAGGCACCUGCUGCUUCGUGCUGGGUGGGCGGCUUCCCGCGGUCCUGAGGGUCCAGUCGGGUUCAAGUUACGAUCUCGGAGUUAAAUGUGUUACUAUCA